CCCACCCCCCCCCCCCAAGCUGUGCUUGAGAUCUCUCGCUCUUCUCUCGCUUUUGUGCUCGCCCUCGUUCGUUCGUAAUUAGACGUUACUAGGUGUCCGUUGAAUAACAUCACGGGACCUUCCGUUUCGUCGCUCCCGGCCUCCUUCCUCUUACGCUCGCUUCCAGAACCCCCUACGCACCCCUCGACUACCGUAAUGGCUUCGCCUACUCCCCCAGCAAACGAUACUCCCACCGGCCGCUUGUCUCUCGACAGCAAGGGCGAAUCUCCCUUUGUUGAGCGCAGCAACCCCAUGGGCUCUGGCAACGCUCAAACCGUCAGCUCCAAGGACCCCAAGGCCGUCGCUCAGGCUGCCACCGAUAUGAAGAACGUUGUUCGCCGCAAGUUGACCGGCUACGUUGGUUUCGCCAACUUGCCCAACCAAUGGCACCGUAAGAGUGUCCGUAAAGGAUUCAACUUUAACGUGAUGGUUGUCGGUGAAUCUGGUCUCGGAAAGUCGACUCUCGUCAACACAUUGUUCAACACCUCUCUCUACCCCCCCAAGGAGCGCGCUGCCCCUAGCCACGACAUCAUCCCCAAGACUGUGGCCAUCCAGUCCAUCAGCGCCGAUAUCGAGGAGAACGGUGUCCGUCUUCGUCUGACCGUUGUCGACACCCCCGGAUUUGGUGACUUUGUGAACAACGAUGACUCGUGGCGCCCGAUUGUCGAGAACAUUGAGCAGAGAUACGACGCUUACCUCGAGGCCGAGAACAAGGUCAACCGGACCAACAUCAUCGACAACCGUAUCCACUCUUGCGUCUACUUCAUCCAGCCUACGGGCCACUCCCUGAAGCCUCUGGACAUUGAGGUCAUGCGCCGGUUGCACACCAAGGUCAACCUGAUUCCUGUCAUUGCCAAGGCCGACACUCUUACGGACGAGGAGAUUGCUUUGUUCAAGCAGAGAAUCCUCGCCGAUAUCCAGCACCACUCGAUCCAGAUCUUCGAGGGCCCCCGCUACGAACUCGACGACGAAGAGACCAUCGCUGAGAACCAGGAGAUCAUGUCCAAGGUCCCCUUUGCCGUUGUUGGUGCCAACUCGGAAGUCACAAGCGCCGACGGUCGUCAGGUUCGUGGCCGUAGCUACCCCUGGGGUACCAUUGAGGUCGACAACGAGGAGCACUGCGACUUUGUCAAGCUCCGCCAGAUGUUGAUCCGUACCCACAUGGAAGAGCUCAAGGAGCACACCAACAACAGCCUCUACGAGAACUACCGCUCCGAUAAGCUGACCCAGAUGGGUGUUGCCCAGGACCCGAGCGUCUUCAAGGAGGUCAACCCCGCCGUCAAGCAGGAGGAGGAGCGGGCUCUCCACGAGCAGAAGCUUGCCAAGAUGGAAACCGAAAUGAAGAUGGUCUUCCAGCAGAAGGUGGCAGAGAAGGAAAGCAAGUUGAAACAGAGCGAAGACGAACUGUAUGCCCGACAUCGCGAGAUGAAGGACCAAUUGGAUCGUCAACGCGGCGAACUAGACGAAAAGAAGGGUCGUCUGGAAAGCGGACGGCCGAUCGAAGAGAAAGGAAAGAGAAAGGGGUUCUCACUCCGUUAAUCGAUAGCUCACUGCCAACGUGGACGACCUCUUUUGCACCGACCGACCAAGCGCGCUCCUUUAUAUUUUCUCUCGAAUAUUCUCGACCACACACUCUUUUUGAUUCUCCUUUUCCAUUUUUGUGUUUUGUAUUGUUCAUCACUCAUACGCUCCCUCGAAGUCUCUUUUAUUUUCUCUCACC